UUGACGAUCAUUUUGAAGGCAUCUAGGAAUAUGCAUGAUAAGGUUUAUAAAGAUGUGACAGUUGGUUUGGGGUCGUCUGAUCAUCCAGUUAGUUGUAGUUACACACUUCCGUCACUAGACGGCAGAAGUCUAUGGUAGUAUUGAACUGUGGCAGACAGACAGUCGUUUGUUUACAUUCGUUGCAAUGGCGACCAUCACUGAACUGAAGUGUGCCGUAAGGGAAACCUUGGAAUCCCGUGGUGUGAUGGGCCAGCUGAAGGCUCGUAUCCGGGCAGAAGUAUUUAGCGCCCUGGAUGACCAACGUGAACCUCGUCCGCCGCUGUCCCACGAAAACCUGCUGAUCAACGAGCUCAUCCGGGAGUACCUGGAGUUCAACAAGUACAGACACACUGCGUCAGUCCUGACAGCAGAGUCAGGCCAACCUGAAGUUCCCCUAGACAGACAGUUCCUGGCAAAUGAGCUGAAAGUCACAGAGGAUACAAGCUCCAAGUCUGUACCUCUUCUCUAUGGCUUGGUGUGCCACUUUGUGAACAGCAGUGAUAGCGGUGGAAAGGUGUUUCUGCGGGGUGCCUCUCUGCCAGCUGGCACAACUACCACCAACACAGUACCUGGACCUGAUGCCUAAAAGUUGAUGCACUCAAGUAAUGGUACAGGAUGGACUGAAAAGAUGCCUUUUCACUUUUUGGCUAAAUGUUCACAGGCAUUACAGCAUUGACUAAAUGAAUUCUACUGAUACAACUGCACUAGUCAUUUCUAUUGCUUUAUUAUGUAAGUUGCCAAUGAUAACAGAUGGCCUUUUUCUUUAGGUAUAAAUAUCUGACUUUACCAAUGGGUUUAGGAUCAGUCGGUUGGUGUUGCUUGCGUUACUCCAUAUUCCUUGUUCUCUAAUGAAUUCAUGCAAAAUGUUAUGAAAACAUUCCUUGAUUUCUGCUCUAUUUUAAUUUACAAAUGUUUUAUACUUUUAUAUUGUCUUUUAGUUCUUUAAAAAUAAAUGUUUUAUAUUUAUGUAUUCACUUUAUUGAAUCAAAAACGUGUGGCAAUGCUCUUUCAUUGGCUACCACAUGGUGGCAGCCUCACCAAAGAAACGACUGAAGACUGCCACUGAUUGAGGGUUGAGGAGUGACACUUUGUUGGUUGUGACUUGGUGAAGACACUACUGUAUGUGUUCAUCUCUAGCAUGUGGCAUUGUGCAUAAAAACAGGGUACUCUAAUAUUGUGGUUAAAACGAUCUUGCUACUUAAUAAUAUGGCAACUGUAUGAAGAUAUGGAGUUAACUUUAUAUUACUUCAAAGUAUAUUGUUUGUAAUCAGAACUGUAUUACAGUUGGUUCUUUUAAACAUUUGCUUUAUGCAAUGCAGAUCAUCACGGUACAGUUUAAAUAGUGCUGAAUAACCUGCACCUGAAAGGUUGCUAUAGUCACAUUCAGUUACUUUCCUGUGAUUGUCUUAACAUUUUGGCACUCAUUGUGUUGGUUUGUGCAGCCAAGCCCACGCAUGUUGCCCCUGCCCCAAUGCUACUGUUUGGGCCCGGAAACCUUUUGUCUGUAAUAGUUAGAUACCUCUUGAUUAAUAAGAUGUUUUAUCUUGGUCUCACAUAUCUGAUAAUCCAUGUUUUAUGCUAAAUUAAAUGGGGCAUUGGCUAGAUAUUUUUAUGUAGCAACUCUCCUGCUCGUUCACCUCUUUUGCUGUUUUGUCUGCUGCUUAUGACCUCAAUAACAGCAAUGUUAGCAACACUAAAAUGAUACUAACUGUUCAGAAAAGGAAAGAGGGUCCUUGUCCUUCCUUUUUAUUUCAGCAACUCAUAAAACAAAACAAAAAAUACAAUAAAGAAACAAGACAUACAAAGAACAACUACCAUAGUUCUCCGUGCUGGACACAUAAAAAUGUACUGCAACAAGCCAAUACUCUCUCAUCUCACUUCCUCUUUCACCAUUUAAGGGAUCUUGACGUACGACCUAAAGCCCUGAGUUUCUGUAACUGAUUGGCCAGCAAUUUAUUUCUCAGCCUUUUUACUGACGCAUAACCCAUGUCUAAAUAAUUUUUAGGUUUUACAAGUUGACUUAUCCUAUCUCCUCUCCCAUAUCUGCAUCCCUUAUUCUUGAUUGUAGAGGCUUUAAUAGAUGAGAUCAUAGCUCUCAAAUUAGCUCAUUGAAAGAAUGAGGUCAUAAUGUGCUGCACAUAGUCUAUUUUGCUGAAUUCACCCGUGCCUCUGAUGGAGCGAAAUGUAACCAUUUACCAUUAGCACAACCUGUGCAACAUCAUGUAAUGUACACCUAACUAUACAAUGUCCUAAUGUAUCGCUUCCCAGUCCCAUUAGAAACAAGAAUUUGUUGAUGCGUGCCUAUGCAUGAUGAAAAUAGAGUCCCAGUGAGCAUCA